AUGUUGGAAAUAGACGAGACAGAUGACAAGGUACAUCUCACGACCUUCGAAGCAGGAUUGAAGUCCAGGGAUUUUGUGGCAUCCUUGGCAAAGAACCCCCCUAAGACGAUGACCGAGGCACUGUUAAAAGCUCAGAAGUACAUGAACGCGGAAGAAGCCCUGGCAGCUAUUGACGGAGCAGAUAAGAGUAGGGAAAAGAAGAAAGAAAAGGAGGACGAUCGAAGAGGGCUAAAACGGGAUCGGGCUGACAGACGGAAUGACGAUGGAAAUCGAAGGAGAGAGGACAAAAACCCUCGUCCAUCAAAGUUCACCCCGCUGGUGAUGCCAGUAGAUCAAAUUCUAACAGAAAUAAGGGACGAACCGUCCCUAAAGUGGCCAAAACCACUCCAUUCAACACCUAGAUUGCGCGACAAGAGGAAAUACUGCCGUUUCCAUAAAGAUCAUGGGCAUUACACGGAGGACUGUAGCGACCUAAAAGAGCAGAUUGAAGAGCUCAUCCGUAAUAGAAAGCUACAACAGUAUGUAAAAAGGGGGGAUUUUGGCAGGUACGGACAGAAAAGCCAGCCAGUUAAUGCACGAAGAGACGAAGAUCACCCACAACCUCAUCUACAGAACGCACUAGGGAAAAUAAAGACCAUCGCCGGGGGACCAACCACUGGAGGAUCAUUCAAGUCUCUCAGAAAGUCAUACCAAAGACAGGUAAACAGCGUCCACAACAUACCACCGUCAAAGCAAAGACGCACCAGUGAGGACUUGCAUUUCUCUGAGGAAGAUGCCAGAAGUGUAAAGCAGCCCCAUGAUGACCCGCUCGUCAUUAUGAUCAUGAUCGAGGGGUUCAACACGUGA